UGACAUUUGCAAAAUAUAAUGAAAAUUAGGAACGUAAUUGUUCUUCCUCUUUAAUUUGCUGCACAGUUGGUGAAUGAAAAGUUAAAAUGAGGUUUUGGGAGUAAUUUUCAGCACGAUCUUAAUUUAAAGCUAAAUCUAAACUUCUGGAGGAUAUGACGAGACUACCGAAUGAGACAAAUAAACAGGAAGUAGAUGAACAGUCAUAGUUGGAGCAAAUUACCAAAGUUGUCAAGCCACAGCUAAUUGAAAUUAACAUAAGUAUGGAUGUAGAAAAGGUGUUUUCCGAUUUGGAGUCUAAUCAAACUCAAGAGUGCGAGGAGUCCAAGAGGAAACUUGUGGAAUUGUUUACGCAGAGUAAAGAGACGUGGCCUGUGUAUUACAUGAUGGAUUACUACUAUAAAACUGGUUCGCAACGUAUUAUGGAGGUUUUGGUCAAAGUACAGACGCCACAUGAUAUAUUUAUUUUUGAUCGUGUGUCGGAAUGGUUAAAAAUGCAAACACAUCGCUUACAGGCGUUAAAUUUAUUAUUUUUUGUGGUCCGCAACAAUCCAACUUGGCUAUUCAAAAUUGAAAAACAUCGCCUUAUUAAGGACAUUUUUAAACUUUUGAUGACUGAGAAAGAUAUCGUGCCAUUAAUGAGUGCACUACUUUGUAUAAUAACGUUGUUACCAAUCAUACCCAAUUUGGUUCCGAACCUUCUAGGUGAUUUGUUUGAAGUAUUUGGCCAUUUGGCGUCAUGGAAUUGCCAAAAUCCGAAAGGGCUUUCUGAUGAUAAGCUGGUUCACUUGCAAUUGGGUCUUCAGAUGUUAUUUCAUCGGUUGUACGGGAUGUAUCCUUGUAGCUUUAUGACCUUCUUAAGUGAUUUUGUAAAAAAAGAUAAAGGUGCGAUUUUUCAUCACACAAUCAAGCCUUUGUUGGAGACUGUGCGUAUGCAUCCAAUGCUGGUGACAGCGACAAUAGAGAGUGAAAUCAAUCAAGUCAAUCGUUGGAAAGAAAAAGAGCCUCAUGAUGUAGUAGAAGAGUGUGCGAGAUUGUCGCUGCCAAUGUUGCAUCAGGACCUUAAUUCAGAUCAAGUGAUCCCAAUAACGAGAGGACUUCAUGAAGUUCCUUUUGAUGACCAUUCAAUGUUGGAAGUGAAGAGAAAUAAUCACAGUAAGCCCGCCUAUAAUACGAACAAGUUUUAUUAUUCCUCAUCCGAAUAUCUAAGAGAUAAACAAACACAAUAUCCAGCACGUAGUAGUAAUGGUUCUACAUGGCAACAUGAAUGUGAUGGAAAUAGAAACAUUAGCGGAGGUGCUAUAUGGAGCCCUUACAACGAAAUAACAGCUUCUGGACCCAUGCCCUUAACACCGACGCCUCCUUAUAUGUUACCGCUAACGUCCGCAAGCACCGCUGUUUCAAAAAUUGCCAACCAAGUAGCCGCCAUCACUGGCUCAUCGCCCCCAGAAGCCGCUGUGGAAGCAACACCUGAGACUACACCCAUGAAAGACUUAAAAGAACUUAAACAACAACAUCUGGCAAAUCCCCAUGCAGUGCGUGCCAUUUUUGCUAGUCAACCAUCUUCGCCUUUGCGUAAAGAAAAUCAAAAUCAAUUUAAUUUCUCUGACACAGUGACUGACGGUGGCUCUGGUGCAGCGUCGACGAUGCUGUUCGAACAGGAAGUAAAUACGCGUGUGGUGACUCGCGUAUCCACCACAUACGACAGAAGAAUCCAACAGAUUGUGCAUGAUCGUAGCCGAUCCCAUAGCCCAUUUCAAACUAUUGAAUCGAUGAUGGCUAAACAACAAAGCGCUUUUCGCUCACCCAACGAGUUAAAUUCUAAAAGUGGAACACCCGAUAUAGAUUCGAAUGACAUGCCAAGCAGCAAUCAAUUUCUGGGAUCAGCUGCUCCAACACCCACACCUACACCCACCCCCUCAUCGACCCAAAUGCCAACGCCAUCUGUUACACCAAUACCAAAUAUUUUCACGCCGUCGACCGCUUUAAAGCCGACAUCAAUGUCAACAUUCUCCACGUUAGAAAAUAUUACGAAAAUUUGCAGAGAUUGCAACGAAACGGAUCAUUCAAUGUGUACCGAAGGAGGAUUGCAGACUCCAACAAGUCGAUCCAUGCAAAUGCUGAUAGCAAAAGGUAUCAAACGUCGUAAUCGAAUGGUCAGCGAAUGCUAUAAUGAUUCCAAUUGUAUGAAAGUAAUGUUGAAUAAUAAGCAAACUGGUGAAACGGAAGCGGUUGAGUUGAAGAUGGGAAAUCUUCGGCGAACAAAAUCAUGUCCAGCAAUAAACUUUUUCGCCGAAGUGGAUAAUGAAGUACGCAAAAAUCGUUUACAAAAAAGUGCGAAGAUGUUAGCUAUUGCGGCUGCUAAAAAACAAAUACUUGACGGUGCAGCUGUAGCGAGCUCCCGUAAUCAUGUUUCGACACAAACUAUAGAGUUCGUAUCACAAAAUUAUGAAAAUUCCUUAUUCCAAAUGUUAUUGGAAAGCGUAGAAAUACGCCAUGUGCACGAACAAAAUCAAUUGCAGCCACAGGAGAUACUCGACACAUAUGUUUCGCAGACUAUUCGGUCGAAAGACGGUUCUGAUAGGGUCGGCAACUUGGAUCAGGAGCAAUUUCAACUCAUAUGCCUACAACUACAGUAUGAGCGUCAUAGACGGGAAAUGCACGCGGAGAGAAACCGACGUCUUAUGGGUCGUAGUCGUGAUAAGCGAAGUGUUGAAAUGGAACGAGAUCGCUUGCGAGAGCAAGUCAAAAGUAUUACAUUUAAAAAUGCUGAACUUGUGCGGCAAAUCGAAAGGAACACUAAAUUACACAACGAUCGCGAACAACUAUAUGUGGAUGAAUUGACCCAAAUCAAAUUGAAAUACCAAAGUGAAAUAGAGCUAAAUAAGUGCCUUCGUCAGGCUAACGAAAACUUACAAACAAGCCUCACUGAAGAACAAGCUAAUAGAAAAGGUGACACAUACGAAUUGGAAGCUUUACGUGGUGAAAUAUUUAAUUUAACUUCGGAGUUACAACUUGCACAACAACAAGCGGAUAUGGGUCUACAAUGUAAGCAAGAACUGGCGCGUCUUGAAGCGGAAUUUAUAGUUAUGGGAGAGGUUCAAAUCAAAUGUCGCGAUAAACUAUCAGAAAUAGAAAAUUUUAAGGCACGCGACGAAGAACUUCAUAUGCUUCAAAGUCAUUACAACAAAGAGCUGAAAGAUUUACGUCAUGUUUUGGAGGAAAAAACUUCACAGUUAGAUAGUGCAAAACAUAAAAUUAACGAGCUACAAGUACAACUUCAGACUAGUGAGAAAGUGAUCACAGAUCAAAAACGUUUGCUUAAAACCGUAAAAGAUGAAUAUGAGGAGAAGUUUAAGGCACUUAACAAGAAAUACGACGUACAGAAAACCAUUAUUAUGCAAAUGGAGGAAAAAAUAAUGAUGUCCGUAUUUAAACCACAGGGUGGCGUAUUCCUAAAUGCUUGUUCUCCUGACACCGAUAAAACCGAUGUAGCUUCAUCCAUGGACCGCAAUUCACCUUUAUCAACGUCUUUGGCCUCAAGUGAAAGUCUAUCAGCGAGUCUGCGUAGUUCAACGGAAUUACGAAACUUGCAUCAAUUAGUUGAGACACCUACGAUUGAGAUAAGCGGCGGAGGCGGGAAUGGAAUUUCCUCUGUUAAGGGUGGUGCAAACAUUAUUGAGGGCCGGCGCUUGCCAGCACCAGAUCUGGCUAGUUCUGCUAUGACGGCAUCGUCAUCUGCUGCAGCCAGUGCCAUCAACAUAAUAGCUAGUACAAGUACUGCAGCGGCAGCAGCGAUGACAUCGACAGCUUCAGCUCAGACCCAAAACUUUGAAUCAUUGAGUGGAAAAGGUAGUCAUAUUCACCCACAUGUACAUUUGCAACAAUAA